AUGAGUUCACCAGAGAUGUCCAUGGAAACAAUUGUGGAAGAUGAAGAUUCCUUUGUUUCUGAUACAGAUGCAAUCAUCUAUGCCACUUCUGAUAUUUCAGGCUGGACUCACAGUUUGAUCUCAGAUCACAAUAUUCCUAAUUCGUUGUCUUCAACAAGUGUAGACGAAAACAACCACAACCAGCAGAUUUCUACUGCUGCCGGUGGUGAUGAUGAUUCCAUGAUUGCAUCAUCAAGUGCAUCUUCCAACUGGCUUAUGAAUAAUAAGCAAAUUGAUGAUCAGAAGGAAAUUAGGAUAUUUAAUGUUGAUUUCAGGGCACUCUGCAACAACACUUGCGGUGGAUCUUAA